AAUUACAUCAAGCUAGCGACCUUUGUCAGAUCUGCAAGUUGUAAGUGGUCUGAUCACACGUAUAAACAUAAUACAAAGUGACCUUUCUAUUAUAACCCCGCACCUUCCACUAGAUCCAGACUAGCAGCUCUAUAACCUUAACAAGUUUACAACAGAAGGCCUAUUUUGAAAGAUGCUGAGAGCUGUGAUUCUGAUAUUGAUCGCCUGCCUGGCGUCUGUCAGUAUGGAUCCCGACUGGAAAAUCUUUAAAUAUACGCACAAUAAAAAUUACACAGGGGACGAAGAGGCCUUCAGACGAUCAAUCUGGGAAGCAAACUUGCUGAAAAUCAUUGAACACAACUUGUUGACCUUUCAAGGUCUCAAGAGUUAUUACCUUGAAGCGAACAAGUUCACGGAUAUGACUUACGAUGAAUUCAGAGCAACCUUGAAGGGUUUCCGCCCAAAGCAACCUUUGACCCCAGGCAACUACGAGAGCGGUCUAUUGAAGGACGUCCUGCCUUCAUCCGUCGACUGGCGUCAGAAGGGUUACGUCACAGAGGUCAAGGACCAGGGUGCCUGUGGGUCCAGCUGGGCCUUCUCCGCCACGGGGGCUAUCGAGGGUCAGAACUUUAAACAGUCGCGCUCACAAAACCAACUGUCCGAGUCCAACUUGGUCGACUGUUCCAGAAAAUGGGGAAACCGGGGCUGUAAAGGUGGUUCGAUGGAUCAGGCCUUCCAAUACGUCAUCGACAACAAGGGUAUUGGCACCAGUUACAGCUACCGUUACUUAGACAAGGUUCAACGUUGUAAAUUCAACGCAUCGCGUGUUGGUGCCACCAUCAAGUCUUUCAAGAACAUUGAAUCCGGUAGUGAGGAUUCUCUGAUGCAAGCAGUGGCCACGGUGGGACCAAUCAGCGCGGCUAUUGAUGCCAGCGUCCCACAGUUCCAGAGCUACCGUAGUGGUGUGUAUGACGAGCCCAACUGCAGCACCACAAAGUUGAAUCACGCUGUGCUGGUUGUGGGCUAUGGCACCAUGGAUGGCAAGGACUACUGGCUCGUCAAAAACAGUUGGGGCAAAUCGUGGGGGCUACAUGGUUAUGGCAUGAUGUCCAGAAACAAGAAGAACCAGUGUGGUAUCGCCACAGCGGCCAGCUACCCCGUCAUGUGAAGACAUUGGUCCAGCCCACCCAGAACUCUCUUAAGUCAAGUGUGAUCUUUAUAAACACAUUUCACAUUGGUUUAGCCUAUAACAUUACUUUAAUGACAGUUUCUGUAGAAUAGAAAUAUUUACAUUAAUAACAUAGUUUAAGAAAUAAAAUAGA